AUGCAAGAUUAUUCGGACCCUCGAUGCCCCCCUUCCUAUACGCCAAACGACGUGUACCCGCCUUCUUACCAGCCAGACCUGCGUCACCAGUCCGCUCAAUACAGCGCUCAGUUCUACGACCAGUACAACCCGGCCUACAAUGGACAACCGGAGAUCACGUUCAUGCCGCAGAUGGGACAGCAGCCUCCUUCGAGUAUGCAGAAUCUGCAGGGCCGUUGA